UGGAUAACAUUCACCACUACCCUGUUUAUAAAAAUCAAAGCUUUACAAUAUCCAGAGCACCGCACGAUUCAACAAAACCCACCAAUCAAAAUGGCUCCAAAUCAUGAAUCCCCUGUUUCUUCUUCUUCUGCUUCUUCCAUUUCACAUUCAGUACUAGUGAUUCUGCAGGCCAUCCUUCUGCUUCUUCCUUCCGCCACCGCCACCUCAUCGUCAUUAACUGCUCGGCGAGAAGCGGAGGCUUUGCUGGAAUGGAAAGCCAGUCUCAGCAAAACCCAUCCCCUGAUGAAAACCUGGGCUCCAUUUUCCUCCCCCUGCAGCACCACCACCGCCGCCUGGUACGGAGUCCACUGCAACCGAGCCGGGCGGGUUCACCGGUUGAACCUGACCGGCUCGGGCAUCGAGGGUACUCUCGAUCGGUUCCGUUUCUCCCGUCUCCCCAAGCUCGCCUACAUCGACCUCUGUCAGAACCGGCUCUGGGGCUCGAUCCCGUCUCGACUCGGUGUCCUCUCGCGCCUGGUCUACCUCGACCUGUCCGCGAACCGGCUCAACGGGACGAUCCCGCCCGAGAUCGGCCGGCUCGCGAACCUCGAGACCCUCCACCUCGUCGAGAACCAGCUGGUCGGGCCCGUUCCGGGCGAGAUCGGCCGGCUGGUUAACCUGCGGGACCUCGCCCUGUCCAGCAACCGGCUGGACGGUCCGCUCCCGGCUUCGAUUGGGAACCUGACCGGCCUGGCUUUUCUUUACCUCUACAACAAUUCCAUCUCGGGCCGCCUCCCCGACGAGAUCGGGAAUAUGUCCGGUCUGGUCGAGUUCUAUAUCGACACGAAUAACCUGACCGGUCCGAUUCCGUACAGUUUCGGUGGUUUGCGGAAUCUCGCCCUGUUCUACGCUUUCAAGAACCGGCUUUCGGGUCCGAUUCCUUCGAGUUUCGGGAACCUGGCUUCGCUUCGGAGUCUGAGCCUUUACUCGAACCGCUUCUCGGACCGGAUUCCACCAUCCCUUGGCGGUCUAUCGAGUCUAGUCAUGCUUCACCUCCAUGGAAACCAGCUUUCCGGCUCGAUUCCGACGGAGCUGGGAAACCUCAACAGCCUGGUUGAUUUGGAUUUGGGCAGGAACCGACUCAACGGUUCGAUACCUUCCUCCUUUGACCGACUCGUCAAUUUGAAACUGCUGUUCCUUUCCGGUAAUCGGUUAACCGGUUCGAUCCCUCCGGGGAUCGACAACUUGUCGAUGCUGAUCGAGCUCCAGGUAUUCGAUAACCAGUUGACCGGUUCGAUUCCUCCGAAUUUGUGUGGGUCCCUUCGCAGAAUCGGAGUCAACGGGAAUCGCCUCUCCGGUCAAAUCCCAGCGAGCCUGAGAAACUGCUCCAGCUUGGAAAGAGUCGUGUUUCAAGGGAAUCGUCUCCGAGGAAACAUCUCCGCCAUUUUUGGCAUCUAUCCGAAGCUCAAGCUAAUCGAUCUCAGCAACAACGAAUUCGACGGUGAAAUUUCAGCCAAUUGGGGCAACUGUCCACAGCUCACCACGUUCAAAAUUGCAGGGAACAAUGUCACCGGCGUGAUCCCGCCGGAGCUCGGAAAGGCAACUCGCUUGCAAGCCCUCGAUCUCUCCUCGAACAACUUAGUCGGCGGAAUUCCGGUCGAGAUCGUCGAUUCCCUUCCCCUAACGACGCUGAUUCUUUCCGGGAACCAGCUCUCCGGCUCCGUACCUCCGGAGAUCGGAACAAUGCCCGGUAUCCGGUAUCUCGACCUGUCAUCGAACAGACUCGGUGACGAAAUCCCCAUGGAAACAGGGAAACUGGUAAAUCUGUUCUACUUGAAUUUGAGCAGGAACGAAUUCGGCGGGAAAAUCCCUGCUGAUAUUGGGGAUCUGGAGCACCUGUCGCAGCUAGACUUCAGCCACAAUUCGUUUUCCGGAGAGAUCCCUCGGGAAUUCUCCAAACUCGUGGACUUAGAAGAUCUCAACCUCUCCGGCAACCAGCUGACCGGAGAAAUCCCGGCGACUCUAAUCGAACUCCAUGCGCUGAAAAACGUCGAUCUAUCAAACAACAAUCUCCAUGGACCAGUUCCUGAUAGCGUUGUUUUCGAAGAAGCCAAGCUUGGAGGGAACGAAGGACUCUGCCGCAGCCAUGGAGCUCCCACUUCCCUCCCGCGGUGCAGGACUAGCUCUCGAACGAAGAGGAUCAAGAUUCUCCUCAUCGCCUUGCUCCCGGCGCUAGGAGUAGCUGUGAUUUGCUGCGGCGCGGCGAUGUGGAAGCGCGGAACAGGGGAGGGACGAAAACAGGGGAAAACAGAGGAGGAUUCCUCGAUGCUGUUGUUGUUCGCUUCGAUCGCCGACGGGAAGCUGUUCUACGAGGAAAUCAUCAAAGCCACGGGGAAUUUCAGCGAGGAGCACUGUAUCGGAGAAGGCCGGUUCGGGACCGUCUACAAGGCGGAGCUGUCUUCGGGAACCACCGUCGCCGUGAAGAAAUUCAAGUUCCUCCAGCACGAAACCGGCGGAGAAAGAAGCGAGCUUGACGGCGGUGAUCGGAAGGAAUUCCGCAACGAGAUCGACGCGUUGAAGGAGAUCAGGCACCGCAACAUCGUGAAGUUCCAUGGCUUCUGCGCCCACCCUCGCCACUCGUUCCUCGUCUACGAGUACGUCCAGAGAGGCAGCCUGGCGUCGGUCCUGAGCCACGACGGAGCCGCCAUGGAAUUCGAUUGGAAGAAGCGUUACAACGUCGUAAGAGGUGUGGCCGAUGCCUUGGCUUACAUCCACCAUGAGUGCACCCCUCCGAUCGUCCACAGAGACCUGUCGAGCAGCAACGUGCUUCUCGAUUCGGAGUACGAAGCCCACGUCUCCGAUUUCGGGACGGCCAAGCUUCUGAAAUUGGAUUCCUCGAAUUGGACCGCGGUUGCAGGAACCUAUGGUUAUAUCGCACCAGAGUUUGCGUACACGCAGAAAGUGACGGAGAAGAGCGAUGUGUACAGUUUUGGAGUGGUCGUGCUGGAGGUGAUAAAAGGGAGUCAUCCGAACGAGUUGUUCGAUGCGAUCUCGAUGAAGACGGAGAUUGAGAUGAACGAGAUGCUGGAUCCACGACUAUUGCCUCCCCCGCCGCAGGUCGAGGAUAAAUUGAAGUUCGCCAUCAGCAUGGCUUUCUUGUGUUUAAACGAAGAUCCAAAUGAGAGGCCAGAUAUGAGGAUGCUUUCUCUCGAGUUUGCUAAACAAAGCUAAAUUAUUGUGCUUUUAAGGUUUGCUAUUUCGUUCGGUUACGAGUUAAUUUGUAAUUGGUAUUAUCGGUCAACCGUUAACCAAAAAGAGAGGUUCUGACAGUAAAAGUGUUUAAGGUUAUUGGUUACUCGGCAACCGCUAGUUCGGUGCGAUUUAUUUUAUUGAUUGUUCGAUAAAUCGGUAACACGUCG